UUCCCACACUUUUUCUCUGCCAUUUAGAGGCGCUCGCAUGCGCACAUGCACAGCACUCGAGCUCUCUGAGGCACCAGCUUCGGCUCUCACUCAAAUGCAGACACACAGCACAGAUUUUUGGUUGAAUUUUGAGCAAACCAGCCAAGAAAACACCACCAACAAACACUACUGUUGCGAUUGGCGAGGAAACAGCUGCUGCUGUUUCUUUUGUUGUUGCUGUUACUGUCGUUGCAUGCUACCUGCGCUGCGCAUACUCGUACUCAGUGUUAGCAUUGAUGAAUAUGAUGAUGUUGCUUGUAGCCAAUAGUGUUUGUAGUGGUGUUGUUGUCAGCAUAGCAAUGCCGAUCGUGCGUUGACUUGUGUUGUUGCCCUUUUGGGUCAGGCAAACAAGAAGUUAGCGAAGAGAAAGAGCGUCGAAGCGAAGAGUGGGUGAAGAGGUACAACAUGGGAAAUAUACAAUGUAUGAUUCCUGUUGGAAUUUCUCUGUGUCAGCCAGAACUGGGAAGUGCAGUUGAGCGGCGCUCAGCUGAGUGUGCAGCACCAACGGCAGAACGACUGGGUUAUGGGCAACGGCCGCGCAGCCGGCGAUGACGACGCUUGUCUCGUAUUUCGCCUUUCCUUCAGCUGCGUUGGUUCACACGAUCGAUCGAUGAAUGGUUAGUUAGUUGGCUGGCUGGCUGGUCGGCUGUGUGUGGAUGGAUGGUUGGCUGAUGUAUAAAAACGUAUGGAUGCAAGCGCAACAGCAUCAGUUCAUCAACAACUUUCACAGCGAGCGCACGCGAAGAGCGUAAAAGCAAAAAUUAAAAUAGAUAUAUUAAAACGAACGUGAAAAUCAACUUUAAUUGAGGAUUACUUACGGAAUACGACAUUUGUUGCACGAAAUAAUUAAACACAUUAAACAAAAAAAAAAAUGUAUACAGAUACCAAAAACCUCGCACAUCAAUUGGCCGAUAUGAGCCUGACCGGCGUCAAUACACACCUGCCGCCCAGCACACCAAUGGAGAAAUCCAAGCGUAAACUUUGCAAAAUGUGGCGCCCACUAUUACGGCUGAUGGCACGUAAGCGCCACAACAGUGCCACCACCACAGCAAUCAGAUCCUCAAAUGUCACACGUCUCCACCCAAAUAACGUGCACCUCAACAACACCACCGUGCCACCGACGAGAACAGACACCAUCAGCAGCAGUGCGGAAUGGCCAACGGCGCUGAUUGAAGACUAUGCCAGCCUCAUGCGUAAGAUGAGCUGCAAAGAAGAGUGCAAUCAUGGCACAGGCGAGUCGGCUACGGCCAACGCGGUGCCCGAAUGGGAGCGCCCUUGCCAGGCAAGUGCCAAAUUCGCAACUACUGUCAUUAGUAGUGCCAGUAUUGAGAAAACACCAGCCAGCACGUGUGCGCAUUGUGUGUACGGACGUAAUUGUCAGCAUGAGCAAUUUCAUCAUCACAUCUGUGAUGCAGCUACAACCACAACAACAACGGCAACAACGGAAACCGCAAUGACAACAGUAGUAGGUGCUGUAAAUGCGCCCACAGUGACAGACGCUACAACAACAUUGUCUCAGCACGUGCUUGCCGAUCUGCCCAUACAAUUCAUUCAGACCGAUGAGGGCACCUUCUUCUGGACGAAUUCGCAAGAAAAAAUCGAUGAUGACCUACUAACAGCAUGGUUGUGUCACAGUUGGCGUCAGCUACCUGUACAGGCGGCUUUGUUGUGAGCGAGCUUUCGCACUUUCACAGUGCAUGAAAGCUGUCACACAGGAAUUAAGUAUCAUUAUGACUUUCAUCAGGGAUCUCAUUGUUAUUUAUAUACUCGUAGUACAAUUUAUACAAUAUUUUUUUUUUUUUUUUAUAAUGAUUAUCCUUAGUAUGUAAUGCUAACUGAAAUCUAUAAGAAUUCAUAAAAAACAGAAGUUUACAACUUCACAACCCACAAUUGUUUGCAAUAUAAAGACAAUAUUUGUGAUAUGCGCUAUUUAAUUAUAAAAUUAAUAUACAGAAAGUAACA